CGAGGGAAAGUAAAAGGAAAGAGUGGCGGGAGAGAGAGGGGGAAAUAGAUAGACAGAGAAAGAGGAACGAGUUAGGAUCGGCGAGCGAGCCCGAGUCGAGUUGGGUGACCCCAUCCAACAAAAAAUGGUGAACAAAAAGAUCAUUAGUCAUCUCUCGCUUCCAACCAGCGCCACGCCCUUUCUCUCUCAUAUAUUCUCGUUUUUGUGGUCAAAUUGCUCCAACCCUAAACCCCAAAUCCAAUUCUACCUCACAUCUCGCCAUUCCUUUUCCUGUCUCUACCACCACCUACGCGAAUCCAUCAUAUUUUCUCAUACGCAGCACAGGCACUUGCUUCAGAAUUGGCUGUUUCGAGCCAUAUUCCCUUUUCGUCGUCUUCUUUAUUGCUAAGGUUUUCAAUUUUGAUCUUCGAGGGACAGUCUGUUUCUGGAAUUUUAUUCGACAUCAGAGCAGAAAUUUUCGUAGUUAUAAGAUGUUUAUAUCUAUUUUGUCAUCUCGGUGGUAGUGGAAGGAGUACCAGUGAAGCUGUGCUGUAGUAACAAUUAACUAAUGGAAGAUUUAGGUGGUACCCGAUUUGAUGGCCUUGGCAGUGCGGCAAGGAAGAAACGUAGUCAAACUUCUCGCCGGCCUCGGCCAGAUUCACAGCCUGUUUCUGAUGGUCAAUCUCCCUUGUCAUCAUCACCUUCAGAUGAUGCAAGCAAGGCCUCUAGUGAUGAGAAUAGUGGUUGUGAUAAUCAUCCUAAGAGAAAAGAAUUUAAUCUUAACCAGUAUGUCUCUAGUGUCCCCUCUGCUACUGCAGCUGAAGAUGAUAAAUCCCAUAAGAAGAGUGAAACGGAUGGAGAAUUCCAUUUGUUUUUUAAUAACGAGCCUGGACAAGUUUUAUAUAACAAACGGUGCAGUGAGGGUGUCCUUGCUCCUGCUAACUGGAAAGGCUCCAGCAAAUCAAAGGAUAGCUUAGAAUCGGAAUCAAGCGUCGCAGAUAUGUAUGGUAUGAACCUGGGGCAGCCAGGAGCCUCUCAGGAUAGCUUAGAGAAUGAAAACAGGGUCAAAAAGGUUAAACUCAAGGUUGGUGGUGUAACGCGUAUGAUCCAAGCUAACUCUGCUCCUAAUGGUUCAUCAAGCAGUGGGUCCACUGCAAAGAGCUCUCAGCUGUCAGAUGCCUCCAGACCACGCCAAAAGCAACAGGGAAAUUCAGAUGAUAACCAGUCCCCUUCAGAUAAGAGGAGUGGCCUACAAGGCAUUCCGUGGAAAAAUUUCUCAAGGGAUGGGUUUGGUCUUGGAAAGGUGGAUUCUGUGAUAGGGAAGAUAUCAGGAAAGGACACAUCCAGUAAGCAAGGCGACAAGACUGAGCCAAUCCGUAAGAGCAAGCGAGUACCAAAGAGGCGUCUAUUGGAUGGGGAAUUUGGUGAUGAUGACAACGAUGAGGAGAUUCGCUAUUUGGAAAAGCUCAAAACAUCAAAAGUUUCUGCAGUGUACAGAGAUGAAGAAGUAAGCAAGAAACAUAGAAAAUUAUCCAGUGUCUCUGAUGUGGAAACUUCUGCCUCAUCAAGGUCAGUCAAAGAUGGCAAAAGCAAGUCCAUAUCAGAUAGAAUGUAUGAGGACACAGACUAUGAGGAAGAUGAGGAUUCUGGGUCUGAUGUUGAGCCUGAGCACAAGAAAAAGAGAAAGCAGAAGAAGGAAUCUGUUGAUGUAUUGAUGGACAGUAAAAGGGAAAUGACUCUCACAACACGCCAAAGGGCCCUUCAAUCAAGCAAGGAUGCCUCUGCAUCUGGUGCAAGUCUAAUAGAGUUUCCUAAUGGAUUACCGCCUGCUCCACCUAGAAAGCAAAAAGAAAAGCUUUCGGAGGUGGAGCAACAACUAAAGAAAGCUGAGGCUGCCCAGAGGCGUAGAAUGCAAGUUGAGAAGGCUGCUAGGGAAUCUGAGGCUGAAGCUAUCAGAAAAAUACUUGGUCAAGACUCCAGCAGGAAGAAACGGGAAGAGAAAAUGAAGAAACGCCAAGAAGAACGGGCACAGGAGAAGGCAGCUAAUGCGCAGAUGCUCGCAUCGAACACCAUCAGAUAUGUGAUGGGUCCUGCUGGAACGGUUGUUACUUUUCCUGAGGAGAUGGGCCUUCCUAACAUAUUCAGCUCCAAACUCUCCAGUUAUCCACCUCCGCGUGAGAAAUGCGCGGGUCCAUCUUGUACCAACCCGUACAAGUAUCGAGAUUCAAAGUCCAAGCUUCCCCUUUGCAGCCUGCAGUGCUACAAAGCAGUCCAGGAGACGUUGACGGCUGAAACCAUUUAUUGAUGUCACGAUUGAUGGGGUACUUAGAUGGGUCGUUGAUGCUUACGCUUGUAUAAAUCAUCUGCAGCUUGCUUAUUUGCGCAAUUGAGGGUUGUGGUACAAUCGAUAGGUAGCAUACAUCUUAUUUAGCUGAGAAAGGGUUGGAGACUAGAGCAAUAAGAGCAUAUGUGAAGGGCCCUCUCCUCCCCCCCCCCCUCCGUGGACUGAUUUAUGUGUUGUAAAACUGGUAGUGGACCACCUAGCGUCAUUCAUUAUUGUAAUUGUAGCUACUGUAACUAUGUGAGAGUUGAAAGCAAUUUUACCAGUGGCGUAGAACACUUGACUAUUUUGAAGUGUCCUCUGAGGAUGAUGGAAAUGUUUUCUAUUUAAAAAAUUAA